AGUGUUUUCUCUUUUGUCAAAAAAGUCAUGGUUCUCUCUACCUGUUUUGUAUUUGAUAUAGUCAAUGACUUGAAGAAAAAUAAAUUCACAGCCAAUGAAAGCAAUGAAAUCACUUCCUUCCUAGAACAGGCUUUUGUUCGCCUUGAAGCAUGGUUCCAGUGGUUCAAUACUACCCAGUCAGGAAAGGAAAUCGGUAGCAACUACUGGCAUGGAAGACACAGCACAGCAACUCGUGAAUUAAACCCAAAGACUCUGUCCUCUGGUUUGGAUGAUAAUCCCCAUGCAUCACACCCUAGUGAAGAUGAACGUCACUUGGAUCUUAGAUGCUGGAUGCUUCUUGCAGCUGAUUGCAUGGAUUCCAUUGGGAAGUUAUUUGAGAUGGAAAAGACAUCUGCAGAGGAAUAUGGUUCAACAGCUAAGUUGCUUUCGGACUUUGCAACUCUGAAUCAGAAGCACUUUAAUCAAGUUCAUGGAGCAUAUUUUGAUUUUGGCAACCAUACAGAAAAGGUAUGUUGCUAGUCACGUUUACAAGGUUCCCGGUUACCAUAUCAGUGGUCUAGUUACAUCUCUGCACAUGUUACAAGGUUCCCAAUUACUAUAUCAACAAUAAGUACAAGCAAAUUGAUAAAAUUUUCCAACCCUUUUUUUUUUUUUAAUUUAUAUUCACUUCAUGCUUCCCAUUCUGAGUUAUUCUUCUCUUGUUCAAUUCAUUUCAUGAGAAUAAGAUAUUGGUUAACCCCAAGGCCUUGCAUCUAUUAUUGACUAGCUAUAGAUUGGCUUUUUGACAUGAAUGCUCAUGAUGAAAUCCAACAUUGCCUUGAAAGAUUACACAUUUAUUUUCUGCACUGAUAUUUGCUGGGCCUAUUACAUGAAUGCUCCAGAUGAGUCAUUUUAAUCUUUUUUUUUUCCUUUGAACAAAUCAUUUUAAUCUUUCUAGGUUCAAUUAAGUUGGACAGUAGUAAAGGCAGGAAAUAAUCAUCCAAGGAGUGAGCUCAUCUGGGAAGUGUCAGAGAGACCAGAGUUGAAACUGGUUCCUCAUAUUGGAUAUGUCAGCCUUUUCCCCUUCAUGGCAAGAAUUAUUCCACCUGUAGGAAUCCUGGAUUCUGGGAAAGCAGCUUGACCUCAUCUCAAACAAGAGCAUCUUGUGGACAGCUUAUGGACUCCGUUCUCUUUCCAAAACAAGCACAUUGUACAUGAAACGCAACACUGAGCAUGACCCCCCAUACUGGAGAGAUCCAAUUUGGAUGAACGUGAACUACAUGAUUCUUUCUGCUCUCAAGCAUUGCUCAUUAGUGAAUGGGCCAUACAGAGAAAGAGCCAAAACCAUCUAUGAUGGCUUGAGGAGCAAUUUGAUUAGAACUAUUACCAAACUGGGUUUCUGUGGGAACAAUAUGAUCAGAAGCAGGAAAAGAGAGGAGGUGCUCAAUUGUUUACUGGCUGGACCUCACUUCAGCUAUUGAUCAUGGCAGAAGCUUAUGGUAAAACUUAGGACAUUCAAGUUAAUAAUACUUGCCAUGAGAAAGACAAGAUUAGAAACAAAGGGAAAAUUCAGCCAAAAACACAAAGAAAAAUGGGGGAAAAUAUUGUAUUCUAAUAUUAAGUUCUUAUUUGCUGCUGUAGUUCCCAUCAUAUAAAUUUUGAGAGAGCAUAUACUUUCGAUAAAAUAGUUACUUACAAACUUAGUUAAUGCUAGCAUGAAAAUGUCAAGUAUGCCUAGGAAUUUAAUUUUGGACAUUGAAGAAACCUGCUCAAUUAAG